GUUUAAAAGUGACUAAUAAUUUCCAAAUCCAACGUUUCCUUAAUCAGGAAUUCAGAACGCCGAUCUUCCCCAUCGUUCUGCCACCUAUUUCGAACACCUGAGCGCCGCCAAUCUUUCUCUUUAUUCAACCCUACUUUGUCCAUGUUUGAGGUUUGAUGCAGUACUUGGUGUGAUGCCUCGAAAACCACGCCGAAGUGGCCAGUUACUUCCUCGACCUUUAGCAUUCUCUCCAUUUGCUCGUUCGGUUGCCAGAUUUGCAAAUGCUUGCUCAUCAAAGCGCAUUGUUUCCAAUUCAAAAUCUGAUGGAAUGCCUUCUUCAAAAUUAUUAGCCAGCGGGACUAGCAGGCACUGUUUGAAAGAGAAAGAUCCUGAGUCUGGAUCUUCUGAAGAAGAAAUUUCUGAAGAAGUUAUCCAGGCAGAUUUUGCCUUUUUUGAUCCAAAGCCUGAUGAUUUUCAUGGAGUGAAGAUAUUACUACAGAGCUAUCUUGAUGACAAGGAAUGGGACUUGAGUGGUUUUGUUGAUUUAAUAUUAGCCCAAACAACAGUUGGCUCUGUGGUUAAGAUAGAGGAUGAUGAGGACGAAGGAUUGUUUGCGCUUCUAACGGCUUUGAACUUGGGAAGAUAUGAGGAAAAUAAAUGUAUCACUGAAAUUAAAGGCUACUUGCUUAAAGUAUGUGAGCAGAAGAGUUUCAUCGGUCAGCUAAAAAGACUUCUAAACGAACAUGCUGAGCACGUCGGUCUGAUGGUUUCUCAGCGUGUCAUGAAUCUUCCUCCACAACUUUUGCCACAUCUUUAUGAUGCCCUUUUUGAUGAAAUUUCAUGGGCUACAGAAGACGAGCCAACUGAAGAUCUCCGCAAAUCAUUUCGCUUCAAGUAUUUCUUACUGAUCACUAGAAUAUACAAGAAGAUUCAUCAGAAUAAGAAGGGAUCCACUAGUAGCAAUGACGAAGACAUAAUUUAUGUAAAACCAGAAGAUGAACUCUUCUACGAGCUUUGUUCAUGGUCCUUUACUUUCCCUUUGCACAAUCAGCCACCAACAACUCAAGAGUUAAAAAAUUACCGGUUAAUGGGACUGGUGAUGGUUGUUGAGGCAGAUAAGGUGCCAGUAUUCCGGCAAAAAGUGCGUUCUCUCAUAGAUGAUUCUUAAAGCUGCUAAUCUACAUCUUUAAGUUUAGUUCAUGCCCAGGAAAGGUUGGUUGCUACAAAAUUUUGAUCUUUAAUCUCUUCUUUAGUUUUUGUUCUCUAAACAAGUCGUACACAAUUUUGAUCUUUAUUUAUGAUGCUUGUCCGAAAUCGAGCGAGACCUAUAGGAAUACACACCUUUAUCUUAUGAAUGCAAAAUGCAGAAAAGUAUGUAUUCUAUCAUAGUUCAAUGUUAUGAUUUAUAAUUUAUUACGGAAUGUACAAUUUUUUACUGGAAUAUAUGAAGAUGGUAGGAUGCAAAUUUUGUGUUCUCUGUUUUUUGAUGAA